UAAAUAAACUCAUACAAUCGGUUUAUAAUUCUAAUAUACCACUGAAAUAAAUAUUAAGAACGAAAACUGAUUGACUACGUUGUUUAAGGUUGUAUAACAGAACCUUAGAUUUUCAUUAUUUUCGUUGCUAUAGUAACAAGAUAUAAAUAAAUUUGUUGUGGUAUUCACAAAUUCUAGUCUAAAGCGACUUUAGAUAAAUUUACUUUUGAAUUAUUGGUUUGGAGAAGUAUUGUUUUCCAAAUUUGCUUCUUUCAUGUAAAUUUUCAAAUUAUCAUUUUAUUGAAUGCUUGCCUUUGUAAAAUGUUACUAAUUAACAUUAACUUUUAACACAAUUAGAUAUCAACAGUUAUUUGUAUGAUAUUUUUUAUUCUGAGAAUUCUUUCGUUACAUAAUGAAUCGGAACAAAACUGACCAAAAAACCCAAAACUUAAGAAGAGAAUCUCGUUCAGAUAAAACUAAAGCUGUUUCUAAAAUUGAAAAGGAAAAAUCACAAACUAUUUCCAAAAAGAAUAUUGCUGAUGAAAAGUAUCGUAGUGGAAGCUUAAGCAGACCACUGGCUGGUCCUUCAAGGGAAUCUCCUAGAAAAUCUCAGAGUGUUGACAGAAAACCACUGAAUAAGACUAACAUUACUACCACAAAUUCAAAAACAAAUAAUGCAUCAAAAGUAAAUGUGACACCGAUAAAAAAGACUUUAUUGGUAAAAUCUACGAGUUCAUCCUCUAAGAAAUCCAGUAAUGCUGACAAGAAAGAAAGCCAAAAGACACAUAUUAGUAGCAAGAACGUUUCUACUAGUGGACAAAAGUCGAAAACUGCAGAGCGUCGUACAAAUGCUCAAAUAGCUAAAAGUUUUGUUCAAAGUUCUUCUGUCAAGUCAAAAAAGAACUUAGAUUCUCAAAAACAAGCUUCUAAAACACCCAAAAGUGAAAAUUCUGUAAAUAAUGAAAAAAAUAUUAUUUUAGAGAGACCAAGAACAAGUACCAUUAAAAAACACUCUGCAAUGCCGUCUGAGGACUUAAAUGAAGAAAAAAAGAUGGACAAACUAAGAAAGAAUUCAUUAUCAAGGAGUAAAACUAGUCUUGAUACUGAGUCUGGUGAUGAAAGGGGAUCUUAUGAAGAUGACUUUGAAGAUUAUAAUUCUGAUUUUGAAGAAGAUAGUAGUGCAGAAUCUGUUGGUGCUGAAUCUGUAUCCGAUACAGAGAGUAGUUAUGAUAGUGAGGAGGAACAGGAAGAGAACAUUGAAGAUAAUGGAGUUCAUAAUAUUCAGUUGCUGACAAACUUAGAGGAACCCAAAGUUCUUUUGCAGAAUAAUUCUAUCAAGGAAUCUGUUGGCAAAACAAAAAAUGUGGAAAAAUCAUACCUGAGGAUGAGUGAUCGCACUUCACUGUACCCUGACAAAGAAUCCAAUAAGCCCAUUGAUCGAAAAAGUGUAAAAUCAUCUCGCUCAUUCAUCAAUUUUGCUUCGGCUUUAGAAAAAGAAAAUACCAACUUAAAUGAUCAGCAUAAUGAUAGAGAAGAAAUGGAGAAUGCUGCUCUGGCUCCUUCAUCUUACAAUGUUCCAUUCACUAUUAAUACUCUACAUUUUAACAGGAACAGUAAUGCAAAGCAGGUGUAUGUUCAAACUGACCCUGGAGAAACAGAUGAAACACAAACUGAUGAAGUAGAAACACUUAAUAAAUGGACUCAAAAUCCUUUAAAUGGAACUAGAGGACAUGGUGGUGAUAGAAUCUUACCCAUGGAAGAUAAAAGUAUGAAUUGGAAAUUGCUUUUUAAUCCUCAUUCAGUUAAGCUGAAUAGUUUCUUACAGAGAAGUAGCCAUAUUAUAUUAACUUUGCUCGAUGAAGAAUUUUCUAACAACCAGAAAUCUAUGACAAAGAAAAGACAGAAUUUUUUCCAAAGUGAAGGAUACUACUUGUUAUCACCUUUGGAUUUUUUAAAAGAUACAUCAAUAGUUAACAUGCAUGCUUCUUCCUCAUCUUUUCCUUAUGUAUUCACCAUACAUGGGAAUAUGAUUAAGUUACCAUUAUCAACCAAUACUGAGGAAGAAAAGGGUAUAAUUUGCAUUUGGAAUGUCUUCAACAGUAAGAAACCUGAACAUAUUUUGAUGGCAAACAGUCAGCCAAUUUGUGGUACUUUUGGACCUGGUACAAGUGAUAUUGUUAUUGCAGGAAUGGUAGAUGGUGCUGUUAUGCUUUGGGAUUUAACUAACUUCAGCUUAAAUGAAUCUGUCGAAGAGUCUGGCGAAAUAUUUCCCCUACUGUCUCCUACUUAUAAUACAGCUUUAAUAUUAGGUCCCGAAAAUCACAAAAGCUGUAUUGUUGGAAUUCAAGCAGUAUUCAAUCAAACAGAAGUGAAUUGGAAAUCCUCUAGUUCUGUAAAAACAAGUUAUGCUAAAAAUUUUCAUGUGCUUACUCUAGAAGAUAUGGGUAUCAUUAAUGUUUGGGUAGUAAUCGAAGUUCUUAAACCUGAUAUAUCUGGGACUGAAACUGAUCUUGGAUUGGCACCUGGAGGUAAAUACAGGCUUGUUAGAAGCUCUAGUAUAGAUCUACACGAUCUUCCAUCCUUACAAAUGGAACACAAAAUAAGUAUGAGGACUUUUGAUUUCCGACUCAUACCUCAAGAUUCAAGUCGAAUGCUUGUCAUAACUGAUGUGGUAAAUAUUAAAGUUUUCCUUUUUCGACCCUUAAUGGAAUUCCUAUGCAGUGAAAAAGGAGAAUCUGUCAAUCUCCUACAAUGGUCCACCGUACAGCCUACAGUAUUUUAUAUUCUUAGUUCUUUUUCCUUUAUACAUUUUUGGGAUUUGAUGCAAGAUUCUUUACACCCAGUUCAAAGUUAUCACUUUCAGGAUAGCAAAGUUACUUGGUUUGUUUUACAAGCAGUAGAGAAAAAAUCUACAGAUUCUGCGACUGAAAAAAUUUCAAACUUACUUAUAGCGAAAGAAAAUGGAGAAGUUGAAGUGCAUCCUCUUCAACAUCAAAUAUCUGAAGACAACUAUAAGAAACAGCUUUAUUUUAUGCAAAAUUUGUAGCCUAUAUAUUUAUACCAGAUUAUAUUUUUAAUAACCACAUUGAAUAAAAUUGUCUAAAUCAC